AUGGAUAUUUUGGUGCGUGAGGCCCUGAUGAUCAUUGAAUCUGUGCUAGGAAAUAUGCUUCCGACAGCUGCGAAAGUGUACACCAACAGUCUGGUGGUCUGGAGCUAUCAAACGAAACUCCGACGCAGUCGAGUUUUGAAAGGCACUCGCCAUCAAGGAGUCCCUUCUGGGGGAAGAUCACCCUUCGACGGCGGUCUCAUACAUCAGCAUUGGCAAAUGCGUUGUUGCAGAAAGGCACAGCGACAGUUCCAAAAGGGCAUUGCAAUUCAAGAGUCUUUGCUUGGAAGUAGCAGCCCCAACAUUGACUUGUCCUAUGUGUCUUAUGGCAUUGUUUUGACGAGGAGAGGCGACGUCGAUGCAGCUUGGCAUGCUCUGCAAAAAGCCCUUGCAAUGAACGAAGCACAAUCGGGGCUGCAGCAUCCAGCAACAAGUACAACACAACACUUGGCUACAUCGGCGAUGUCCUUGUCAAGAAAGGAGAUUAUGAACGAGCAGCGACACAUUAUCAAUGGACUCUAUCAAUCCACGAAUCCUGCUUCGGCAAGACACAUCCAAGCACUCUAG